AAGAUGGCGCUCGCUAGUGUGUUGGGCAGUGAUUAUGCGGAUUUUUCAUUUGAUACUGACAAAUCCUAUGCUUUCGGCAGCGGACUCGCCGCCGAGCCUACAUCGAUAGAUAACCUCAGCUUCGCCAUUAAAGGGGCGCUUGGCUCUGCGGAGCAGGACGACGUUGAGAAGAAGAUAGAGUUUCUCCACGGCACCACCACCUUAGCGUUCAAAUUCGACCAUGGCGUCAUCGUCGCCGUGGACUCCAGGGCCACCGCGGGCGCCUACAUCGCCUCCCAGACGGUCAAGAAGGUGAUCGAGAUAAACCCCUACUUGCUGGGCACCAUGGCCGGAGGAGCGGCCGACUGCAGCUUCUGGGAGCGCCUGCUGGCCCGACAGUGUCGCGUCUAUGAGCUCCGCAACAAGGAGCGCAUCUCCGUGGCGGCUGCGUCCAAGCUGCUGGCCAACAUGGUGUACCAGUACAAGGGCAUGGGGCUCAGCAUGGGCACCAUGGUGUGCGGCUGGGACAAGAGAGGACCAGGCCUGUACUACGUGGACUCUGAGGGGAACCGCGUGUGCGGCGACCUGUUCGCCGUGGGCUCAGGCUCCAUGUACGCCUACGGCGUGAUCGACAGCGGCCUGCGGCAGGACAUGAGCGUGGAGGACGCAUGCGAGCUGGGGCGCCGCGCCAUCUACCAGGCAACGUACCGCGACGCCUACAGCGGCGGGCAGGUCAACCUGUACCACGUGCACGGCGAGGGCUGGACGCGCGUCUCCCAGGACGAUGUGCUGCUGCUGCACCACAAGUACCAGGAGAAGCUGUAAAGCAGGAGGCACAGAGGAGGAGCUGGUGGAGGGGUCAAAGGGGAACGGCCAGUUGCGGCUGUUUUCUGAUGGAGGAGAGCGCUGCUUGCUACGCGUGUUGUGAACCAAAAUGGCGGUCUGACAAAUGGACUCGUUUGCGAUCCCCUUGUCGGACCAAUGACAUCAAUGGUCCAACCUCUCUGUGUUCAAUGUUGAGGACCGGUUAUUAUAUUGUUCCACAUCACGCGUAUAAAGCAGUUCUGUUUUAUUAGAGAGUAGCAGAGCGCUACUGUUCCCAGUUGACCCAGCAGUUCAUGGGUUACAAAGGCUGCGUUAUAUUCCCUGUUGUUCAGUACAUGUUCACAUUGUGUAACGGGCGGGGGGGAGGGCGAUGUGAAAGUAGUGCUGAUCUGUGGGGAGGGCAGAUGGGUUUGUUUGGCGAAGGAUGAGUUGUGAGUAAUUUGCCUCGUCACUGGGCUCCAAUGAAAAGCAUCCACUUAAUGUUGUAGAUUAUUUUGACAGGAACACUUGUCAACUGACUACACACACACACACACGGACACACACCUAAACGUAGGGAGUGAUGAUUGUUAGGCUGAAGAGGGGAGUACAUCGCUUGAAUAUGUAACCUGCUAAACAACAUCCUUUCUAAUUAAUAAAUGACACCUUGUUGGUUUUUUCCAGAAUGUGCAUGUGUCAUUUG